GUCUCCGCUCUGACUCACUCACUCAAUGCUGCUGGACAUACUGAGUUGCCAAGGUCGCCGAAAAAGGCUACUCACAUCGUUUCUUCAUUUGUUUCCUGCCAGAACUAAACUCCGAAGACUAAACCCGAGAAGGCAACGCGAAUGAUAUUGACAGCAACCUGAGGUCCUGCACCAGACGAGGUUUGCUGGAAUGGGUAACCUGCUAAAAGUCCUUACAAGGGAAAUAGAGAACUAUCCACACUUUUUCCUGGACUUUGAAAAUGCACAGCCCACAGAUGGAGAGUGUGAAGUGUGGAACCAGGUGAACGCCGUCCUCCAAGACUCUGAAAGCAUUCUGUUGGGUCUACAGGCAUACAAAGGAGCUGGUCAGGAGAUCAGAGAUGCAAUUCAAAAUCCAAGUGAUUUCAUGCUUCAGGAGCGAGCCUGGAAUUCUGUGUGCCCGUUGGUCAUCAAACUCAAGAAGUUUUACAGUUUCUCUCUGAGACUCGAGGAAGCCCUACAGAGUUUGUUGGAAUCUCUGACCUGUCCACCCUAUACACCCACUCAGCAUCUGGAAAAGGAGCAGGCGUUGGCCAAACAGUUUGCAGAAAUUCUCCACUUCACUCUGCGCUUCGAUGAGCUCAAGAUGAGGAUUCCCGCUAUCCAGAACGACUUCAGCUACUACAGAAGAACCAUCAGUCGAAACCGGAUAAACAACAUGAAUCUGGAUAUUGAAAGUGAAGUAAAUAACGAGAUGGCGAAUAGGAUGUCUCUCUUUUAUGCUGAAGCCACACCGAUGCUAAAAACACUCAGCAACGCAACAACAAACUUUGUGACUGAGAACAAUACUCUUCCACUGGAGAACACGACGGACUGCCUAAGUACCAUGGCCAGUGUCUGUAAAGUAAUGUUGGAGACACCGGAAUAUUCAAGUCGUUUCAGCAGUGAGGACACGCUCCUAUUUUGCAUGAGGGUCAUGGUCGGCGUCAUAAUUCUCUAUGACCACGUUCACCCCAACGGUGCCUUUAACAAGUCCUCCAAGAUAGAUAUGAAGGGCUGCAUUAAAGUGCUCAAGGAUCAGCCUGCAGACAACGUAGAAGGCCUGCUGAAUGCGCUCAAAUUCACAACUAAACACCUGAACGAUGAGUCCACUCCCAAAAACAUCCGGACGAUGCUCCAGUAAAGUUUUUUGUUUGUUUGUUUUAUUACAUAAAACGUUCUGAGGAUUAAUGGUCUGACCUCAAAUAAGAUGUAUAUGUUUACAUUGUUUAAAAGACCUGUUAACACUUUGGCAUAGUCGUUCUCAAAGAAGUUAAAGGUGAACGCUACUCUACGAAAGCAAGACUUCAGGCUUCUACUAUUAACAGCUAGGAGAGCGUUUCUCAUUCCUUGUCAGCCUUAUAUAAUCGAGACGUCAUAAAAUCUCCAAAUGCUUCCUUCUAUGGACACAAAAUAGAAAAAUAUCGACAGUUCAUACAUGCACAGAAUGAGAUCAAUCAACGACUCGAUUAGCUGUGAAGGGCUAAAAAGUGGAGGCAAGUGAGGGACUGACUGCUUAGAUGUAUUUUAACUUUUGUUCCCCGUCUACAUGUUGAUGUGAAUCUGCUGUGAUAUAAAACUGCACAUUGCAUGUGCUUGAGUGGAUAAGAUUGAACAAAAACCAAACAAUCAAUUAUGCAUUUCUGUUGUGUCAACCCUCUGAGUUAAAAUGGUUUAUUUUGUCUGUUUCAAAAGUGAGGCCAAAAAUCUCCAAAUUCUUUGUGAUAUAUUUUAACUGAAUCCUUAAAAAUAUCUAUUUUCAUCAUUGGUGUUUGUCUUAUGUCAACGUUUUUUAAUGAAUUCUGUCUUUGCCUUGUUUUUGUGUGAGGGAGACAAAAUGUAAAUUAUUAACUAGAUUUGUUUUUACAUGAAUUUUGAUUCUACUCCCAUCCCUUGACUGUCAUUGUAUUGCCUUAAACAGCAUUUUGAGCUACUGUACCUGUUCUAAUCGUCUUUAAAUGGAUCUGCUGUGUUAAAUGUCAUGUUAAUGGCCGCUCUCAUUGAUCAUGGUGUCAUUACACACGCAUAUUUUGCUGAUGUAGUGACUUUGAAUUGCCUUGGUUAUCAAUAAUAGCUAUUGCUCAGCCAUCUUAUUCUGCUAACAUUGCACCGUGAAACUCUUAACUCCUCAAAAUAGAUUGCACAAUCACAUCAAUAGUGACUGUUUAGUGACUUAUUAAAUUACAUAGGUGCAUUAGAUGACUAUAAAUCACUUCCCAUUUAAUGUCUCUCCUCUGGUUUCUGUAAUUACCAAGUAUUUGAUAUGACUUGAUUGCCAUCAUGAAGCCUUUCAACAAUGGCUAUCAAAGAGCAAGAACAAGGUGGGGCAGAGCAACUUGCUUAUUUAAAUUUGGCCCCCUGAAGCGAUGGUUGCUCUGCGGAUGGUAGGGAUGGACUGAUUUGAGAACGGGGGGUUUAAAGUUUGA